AUGGAUAAAGGAGUUCAUCUCAUCACUCGAUGGGGAAUCACCACUUUAAAUUUGGCAGAAAACAAUAUUUGGUGGGAGGGGCCAACGUUUUUGUGCGCGAAAGAAUACCAGCUGCCACAGAUAAAAUAUCAUGAUUUAUCACUUGAGCAUUCAAAUGAGCUGAAAAGAAGUAAACAAGUAGUGUUGCAUAAUUCUACCGACAUAAUUAGUAUCAACAAUGUAACCAAUUGUGAUAAGUACUCUAAAUUCACACGAUUGGUCAGAAUUACCGCAUGGAUGUUAAGGUUCAUUGAGAACAUUAAAAGAAAAAAAGAAGACGGAAUUUUGGAGCAUAUUCUACGAUCUUGUGAAAUAGUCUCUGCGGAAGAGCUUUUAUUGAAAGCCGACCAGGAGAAGUUCAAGGGUCGACUUGUAAACGCACCGUUACCCGUUGAAACGAUAUCGCCUAUACUGCUCAUCCAAGAUCACUCGUUAACUAAGAUAAUCAUUAUGGAUAUUCACUGCAAGCUAAAACACAUCUCUCAAAAAACAAACACUUACCGAAUUUCGACAGAGUUCUUGCAAAAAAAAAAACGUAAGCGUUUGAAACCACAAACUUUUCGUUACCCUGAGAUUUCCCCACCAUUACCAGGUUACAGACUCAGUGACGCUAGAGCUUUCGCCGCAGUAGGAAAAGACAAUUUUGAACCUCUGUACGUUAAAAACAAUUACAACAAUGCCAAUGAAAGACCAGUUAUGAAUAAAGCGUGGGUAACCUUGUGCACCUGCGCAUCGAGCAGAGAUUUGGUGUUAGAUGUAGUUCCUAGGCCCGAUUCGUCAUCAUUUAUUAGUAGCUUUCGAAGAUUCAUUUCAAGAUGA